AUGUCUGUUGAAAUUAAUUCUCUUUUACACGCUGGGUAUUCUCACCCACUCUUCCGUGAAUGGCAAGCUACGCGUUCCAUCACAAAGUCUGCUUUAAUGUAUCCUAUUUUCAUUACGGACGUUGAUGAUGCCAAAGAAGAGAUUCCUAGCAUGCCAAAUCAAUUUCGAUGGGGUGUAAGUCGUCUUCAAGAGUUCCUUGGUCCUCUUGUUGAACGAGGACUUCGCAGCGUUAUUUUGUUUGGUGUCAUUUCUGAUUCCUCAAAAAAGGAUUCAUGCGGUUCCAUGGCCGACUCUGACGAAUGCCCGGUAGUCAAGGCCGUGAAAGUGAUCCGUAAGUUGUUUCCUGAUUUAGUCGUCGCCUGUGAUGUCUGUUUAUGCGAAUACACAAGCCAUGGUCAUUGCGGCGUUCUGUAUGAUGAUGGAUCUGUAAAUAACGCCAAAUCCGUUGAAAGAAUUGCUGAAGUUAGUGGUAAUUAUGCUUUGGCUGGUGCCCAUAUAAUUUCUCCUAGUGAUUGUAUGGAUGGUCGUAUAAAAGCUAUCAAGUCAAAGCUCAUGGAGUUAGAUCUUUCGCAUCGUGUUGCUGUAAUUUCUUACUCUGCAAAAUUUGCUUCUGGUUUCUUUGGUCCUUUUCGAGAUGCUGCCGGUAGCGCCCCUAGUUUUGGAGACAGAAGAUGUUAUCAACUUCCUAUGAAUGCUCGCGGUUUAGCUCGCAGAGCGAUACUCCGUGAUUUACGCGAAGGAGCCGACGGUAUUAUGGUUAAGCCUGGCACUCCUUAUUUAGACAUUCUAGCCGAGGCUGCAAGAUUGGCUGAGGAUUAUCCUAUUUCAACUUACCAAGUUUCUGGUGAGUAUGCUAUAAUCCAUGCUUCUGCCAAAGCGGGCAUUUUUGAUUUGAAGCAGCAUGUUAUGGAAACUAUGCAUGGCUUUAUGCGUGCUGGUGCAUCUUUGGUUUUAACUUACUUUACCCCCGAGCUUUUAGAAUGGUUGGACAAUUAA